GUCUUAAAAAAAAAAAAAAUCGUUUAGUCAACAAUAAAAAUAAUAUAAUCCCUUAUAUGCGCACUCAUGAGCUAUACAUUCACACAUCUUCAUAUAAUUUAUUGCUUUAAGAGAUAAAUUUAUGUUCAACUAAUUGCUUCACUUCUACAUUCAUACAUACAUAUGACGUAAUGUCACUAAUUGUCAAACUGAUAACAUUUGGAGCAGUGAUUUUUGGCCUUCAGUAAUUUAUUAGAAACGUUCGGACAUACUUACAUACAUAAAUGGUACAAUAUAUAAAUGAAAUAUUGUGAGUAGUUGAAUUAUACAAAGUUUUUGUUAUACGUGAAUCAGCAAACUGACUAUAUAUUCAUGAAUAUUGUUGAAUUGUUAUCACAACUCUUAUCCUGCCCUUGCCUGUUACUGAUAAAUGAAUAUUGUUGUUCUUUUUUUUUGAUAAUUUACCGCUAUUGGUAAAAAUGUGAAAAAUGAUUGACAAUUGUGGCUCAUAAAGAAUUUGGACCUCGCGCGGUUAUAUUCAUAUUUUAAUUUUAUAAUAAUGCAACUCCGGAUUUUAAUUUUAUUUGUGUUGGUGAUCGGGUUUGAAAAAUCUUACUCACAGAGUGAUUCGAAAUUGGAUCCACGUAUCAUAAAUGGCGUAGUGGCACCUGUAUCGAGCACCAAAUUUCAAGUAUCUAUACGACUGAAAACAUACGAUCGGAUAUUUGGAAAUGGACACAUCUGUGGUGGUUCAUUAAUCGGAUCAAAUAAAGUGGUAACGGCAGCACAUUGUUUAUAUAACUCAGAUAAAAAGCGUUAUCGAAAGGCGAGCGAAUUUGUAGUUGUAAUGGGCACGCAAAAUCGUUUUCAACAAGUCAAUGGUACAAUUGUUUCAGAUGUCAGUUCGAUUGCUUAUACGAACUCCUUUAGUUUGGAUACAAUGCGUGAUGAUGUUGGUUUGAUGUUCUUAAAGACAGGAUUACCAGCGAAUAAAACCCAUUUGACUAUAUCACCGAUUGUACUGAGUAAUUCCUCAGUUGCGGCGGGCAGUCAAUGCCAGGUGUCCGGUUGGGGUAAAACUUCAACGGGCGUGCUAUCAACCGAAUUGAUGAUGGCUAAUGUAAGCAUUAUACAACAAAGCAUUUGUAGGGCCUCAUAUGGAAGCGGUCUUGUUGAAGGCAUGUUAUGUGCCGGUUACUUAACGGGUGGCACCGACUCGUGUCAAGGUGACUCCGGUGGUCCGCUGGUUUGUAACGACGAGCUGGUCGGUAUUGUGUCAUGGGGCAAUGGUUGUGCGCAACGUGGAUUCCCUGGUGUUUACACAAAUGUUAGCUACUAUCGUAAUUGGAUUGCAAGCCGUAAUUCUUCAGCACCAGUGGGUUUUAAAUUUGGUUUCAUAUCAUUAGGCUUUACAUUAGCUAUGGGUUAUUUAUUUUAAUGGUAAUAAUAAACGACUUUAUUUUUGUAAAUACAUA